AUGGAUCCGUCUCUAGAGGAUAUUGUCCCGACUUCCAUAGAGAAUCCCCUUGUCCGGCAAUUCUUCGACCGUCUGCAGCUGUCCUUCCUCGAUGAAUUCGACAAAGAUGUCGCACAACCAGCAAUUACUUUGAAGAAAAGACCGUCACAUUUCCAACUCGCGACGCAUGACAAUGAUCCAGAGGAAAGGAUGCUGUCGAAGGAGGUCGAUAGGUCUGAACGACUAAUAACGUAUACAUGGCCAGGGAGAAGCCCUUAUGAGGCCUGGAAAUUUACCUGUAUCCUUCGAGUCCUAUCACUCAUAACCGAGGCGGUUCAAGAUAAUCUGUUGAUCACUAAGAGGAGUAUCUAUUACGAUAACCCAGGAUUGUUCGGCACCCAAGCUGUGGUGAAUACAAUAGUUGACGAUAUAGCAUAUACCAUUGGAGUCGACAGAGCUGUUCUUCACAUCAUUUCCGUCGGUAAGGGACUGGCAGUUGGCGCUGUCCGUAUCAGGACCAAAAGCGACAGCAUGCUUGACCUGACAGCUGAGGAUGCUCUUAUACCUCGCCUGAUAGACGUCAGCAGUGUCGAUAUUUCUGAGGUCAAAUGGGUUUGUGUCGUUGAGAAAGAGGCAGCUGACAAAAGACAGGCCGUCUUUCGAAGACUUGUGCAUAACAGGUACCAUCUUGAGUCGGCUGCCGGUAAGGGCAUUUUGAUCACGGGCAAAGGUUACCCAGACAUUUGUACACGGGAAUUCGUCCACCUUAUCUCAGACAUCACAUUCCGAAGACACAAUGCCACGCUUCAGAACAUUGAUAUUGUCCCGUCCCCAACUCCACUGCGCUUCUUCGCCUUGGUGGAUGGAGACUGUGAUGGAAUCGCGAUCAUGUCCACAUACAAGUACGGCUCUAUGGCUCAUGCUCACGCAAGUGCCAUGCUCAACGCCCCGAAACUGCAAUGGCUUGGAACACGAAUUGAAGAUGUGAUCAUAAAGCAGAAUGGGGCUGAAGUGGAGGACGAGGAUUGGGUAAUGAUUUCGUUAUCCAACAGAGACGUCAAGAAAAUUCGAAGCAUGUUGAUGAAGAAUCCAGUGUUUGGCGAGAAUGGCCCACAGCUUGACUGGAGAGUCGAAUUGCAGAUAAUGAUGAUGCUGAAUACGAAGGUUGAGACUGAAGUUCUGUAUGGGACCGAAGGGAGUUUAGAGGGGUGGCUGGAUCGUAAGAUGGAGAGUCUAUCUCGGUCAAAUUAG